UAUUUCUGGAGACAUUUUUGUUUACCAUUUUUUUCUCGUGAGUUUUAAUUUUUCUGAAAAUAGAUACCUCUAAUAAAUUUCAUAAAGUUCCACUCAGUGUCGUAAUUCGUAGUAAACUCCUCGCUCUCUCUCUUUGUUUCUUCUCUGCUUACAUUUGGCGCAGCCUUUCAAACAUACAAACAGAGAGAGAGAACCCGAACCCGUGGACCCAAAUGGCCCGAAGAUCCGUACCCGUUCUAAAACAACUCCUCUCGAACUCACCGAUCCUCAACCAGACCCGAUCCGUGACCUACAUGCCCCGACCCGGCGACGGAGCUCCGCGCGCCGUGACGUUGAUCCCGGGCGACGGGAUCGGACCUCUGGUGACCGGCGCGGUGGAGCAGGUGAUGGAGGCGAUGCACGCGCCGAUCUACUUCGAGCGCUACGACGUGCACGGCGACAUGAAGAGAGUCCCCGAGGAAGUCAUGGACUCGAUCAGGAAGAACAAGGUGUGCUUGAAGGGAGGACUGGCUACUCCGAUGGGCGGUGGAGUCAACUCGCUGAACAUGCAGCUGAGAAAGGAGCUCGAUCUCUACGCUUCGCUCGUCAAUUGCUUCAACCUACCUGGACUCCCCACGCGCCACGAGAACGUCGAUAUCGUUGUUAUUAGGGAAAACACUGAGGGCGAGUACUCAGGGCUCGAACACGAGGUCGUUCCUGGCGUUGUUGAAAGCCUUAAGGUGAUAACGAAGUUCUGUUCAGAGAGAAUUGCACAGUAUGCGUUUGAGUAUGCUUACUUGAACAAUAGAAAGAAAGUGACUGCUGUGCACAAAGCAAACAUUAUGAAGCUUGCUGAUGGUCUAUUCUUAGAAUCUUGUCGAGAGGUUGCCACAAAAUAUCCCGGGAUCCAGUACAAUGAGAUUAUUGUGGACAACUGCUGCAUGCAACUUGUUUCAAAGCCUGAGCAAUUUGAUGUCAUGGUGACACCCAAUCUUUAUGGUAAUCUAGUAGCAAAUACAGCAGCUGGUAUUGCUGGUGGCACAGGAGUCAUGCCAGGAGGCAAUGUUGGGGCUGAUCAUGCUAUUUUUGAGCAAGGCGCUUCAGCAGGAAACGUGGGCAAUGACAAACUACUGGAGCAAAAGAAAGCAAACCCAGUGGCCCUGCUUCUUUCGUCUGCCAUGAUGCUGAGACAUCUCCAGUUUCCUUCAUUUGCUGAUCGAUUAGAAAAUGCUGUAGAACAAGUAAUUAAAGAGGGCAAGUACCGAACAAGAGACCUUGGUGGACAGAGCACUACCCAGGAGGUUGUUGAUGCAGUCCUAGCUGCCUUGGACUGAUUGAGAACAUACUCGUGUCCACCUCUGCCUUGGACUGACUGACAAUAUACUUGUUACCACCGCUGCUAAACAGUUUUGCGAUUUAGCAGGGAAUUCUUACCUGCGUGUAUUCUUUAUUUCUCAUCUUCAUAAAUAUUUUAGAUUCAUUUCCUCUUAAUCACUAUUAAAAUGAUUUUUUGGUCUAAAUAAUAGCAAUUUUAACAUGAAAAUUGGUGUUUUUUGGAGGGGAAAAUAAUCAGAAUGUGAUCAUAUACUUCAAUUCUCUGAUGUGAUGAACUCAGGUGUAUUCUAAUUUUUAUAUAUCAGGGCUAAGUAUGGUAUCUGGGAAAAGUUGACUGGAGAAA